GUAAAAUUACUGUAUGUAAAAUCAUAAUAUAAACUAUUGUUUCGUGAUUUAUACAUAUAUUGUGCUACCUAUCAUAAUGUGUGCCUCGGUAGUUGAUUGUAAUCAUUUCAUUGAGACCAUUGAGGAGGUAACUGUAGAUUACCGUUCACGAAUUUUACAAUGUGGAGUAGAAACACUACUGUGUUCUAUCAAGCUAAAUAAUCCUAGCGCCAAAUUUACAAAUAGGCACAGUGAUAGUUCUCAAAUUAUACGUGAAGUUGAAGAUGAAUUUUGUGCAGACGAGUGGGUUAGGAACCUAAAACUACAAGAAGGUUCUUCUGGCAAUGUGCUUGAUAUAUUUUGUCUUGCAACACAACCAGGAAGGGCAACAGUGAAGCUAGAUCUAGGCAGGUGGUAUAAAUUUGUUGAUGAAUCAGAAUUUCCAAUAUCUGUUCCUUGUGUUAAAUGGAUACCAGAGUUCGAUGACUUGAAUGAGCAACCAGUGUUUCUAGAUGAUGACCAUUUCAAGUCGCGGUUUGAUUCAAUUUUUGCCACAAUCAUUUUCACCAAAUGAUGUGACUGUUUGUUAUUAUAAAAAACAUAUUGCUGAUGUUGAGGUAGAAAUAUUGCGUCCUGAUGUACAUUUGCAAGCCAGCGUUCCCUUGAAAAACCUCAGAAUUAGCGAAAAAGGUAAAGCACAGUUUAAAUUCACUGUUGAAAAAAUACCAAUGCUGUUAAACAUUAACUUCACUGUGUAUCAGAAAUUUAACCAGGAAUCAUGCAAAAUGAUAGGCAAUAAGUACCGGUAUCAAAAAGGAUUUCAAUGUGAAAACGUUUCAGCACAUGAUAUAGAAGGAGAAGACAUAUGCCAUCUUAAUAAUAUUGAAAGAGUUUGUUGUAUAGAAAAAGAUGGUAUACAUGCCGAGCCUAUUAAUUCUAAUGUUCGUGUUAUUUUACCUGAAUUGUGUGAUGUGGUAAAAGUUGAAAAAUGUCGGAAAAUACUCCUACACCUACUCAGAGCAAUGUACUAUCGUAACAAGGCUUCAGAAACUGACAAAGAACGAAUGAAAUGGAAAGAAAAAGCAAUGGAAACAUAUGCAUCUGACAAUUUAAAACAUGCAUCGUUCUGUAAACACAUCAAAACGAAGUAUGCGGAUCUUAUGCAACGGUACAAUGAUGAAGCGAGUGAAGAGAUUUUUGCUUUUUUCAAUGAAGAACGAGGAUUGAAUCAUGUUGAUCUUCAUGGUCUGUUAGCGGUGAAUGAAGAAACACUUGCCAGAGAUAAAGAACAGCUUUUAGAAGACAAUCCUGAAGAAAAAGUGAUAACUAUCAUAAACGAACGACGAGAACGAGGAGAUGAAGCAGUAAGAAAGCUAAAAGAAAAGAUUGAUGAAUUUAUGGAAAAGAUGGAUAAAGCACGAAGUGAAAAGAAGACAUGGCUUGAAGUUAUUGUCGGUGCUGGGCAUCAUUCCAUGGCAGGAAGGCAAAAAAUACGUCCAAAAGUUGAGACGUUCUUACAAGACGAAUACCCUGGUAAGAUUUCAGUUGUCAAUAAAGGUGCACUGGUGGUAACGUUUGAAGAAUAUCCAAAUGGUGGAAGGUGUUUUGGUCAUUAUUACUGCCAAACAUGCAAGAAGAGUUGGAGAAGUGGGAAAAGUUUUAAAAACAAGUGGCAGGGUUGUUUCAAGUGCUAUCGUAAGAGCGAAGUCAUUAAAGAAUGUUUACCAGUAAUGCAACAACCACUGCAGAAGAGUGAGCUGCGAGGAGGUGCAGGAGGUACAUAUCGCCAUUUAAAGCAACUUUGUCAAGUAUGUAAAGAAGGUGGUUCAUGUACCACGUAACUUUUAAACUUUAUCUACGUAAAUGAUCCAAUGAGCUGCAAGAGCGUUUAUUAAUUUUUCACAAACUAGACAUGUUUGAUGGGCAAGAAGUGUUCAUUGGAUUAGAGCGUUCACCUUCACAGAAAUAACAAGACAGCUAGGGCUCAAAAUAACGUUUCAUGAUACGCCUAUCACAGUGACCAUUAGUUUCCAUUUUUGACCGGUCAAAUGCAAUUUCUGACUGGCCAAUUCCGCUUUAGCUUCGAGGAAGCAUUCUUGGCGAAAUCCUUUUAGCAAGAUUCAAACGCGAAAUGUUUAAUAUACCAGGGAAACCCUUACAAAUUGACAUAAUACCUAACGGGUCCGCAAUACGCCAAUCUCGUUCCCCGAGCCUACGAUCCUUGGGAAGGAAGCGAAGGCUCUGGGAUAAUCCGUUUCAGGGAGGAAUCUGAUUGGCCGUUGAUAUGGAAUGCGCAGUUCGGUCUUAGCCAGGAUUCCUGGCUUCCGGCAACGAGUUAUCCCAGAGCCUCACGUUACUUCCCGAGGAUCGCAGGCUCGGGGAACGAGAUUGACAAUACGCCAGAAACCAAUCUCGUUCCCAGAGCCAAAAUUUGACAAGUAACUCGGACCAACGUGGAAAAUUUAGCCUGCCGUUAUUUUGAGCCCUGACAACUGACAAGAGUAAUGAGAAAGAUUCAAACAUUAACCGUAAAACGAAGCCAAUAGGACAUUUCGGGAAGGACACUGAGACUAAACUGUGAGUGCAGGUAACCAUUCGAGCAAAUGCUGUGGACAUUUUUAACAGUCUACCUUUAGAAAUGAAAUAUUUUGAAAGUGUAAUUUCUCUGCGGUGUCAGUAAAAUCAGGCCUUAAAAUAUCGAUCGGUCACGGACAUUGUCUGACCCAUUCGUGAAAUUGUCCGACGUAUAAGAGAGGAAGAUAUAUAUUCAUUUGUGUCAUUCAGACUUAUUUCCGAGUCAAAACUGAACUAAAGGUCAUCGGACAUCAUAAUACAUAUGUCCGACCCAAAAUCAACGUCAUCAGACAUUUUGUCAGACGGCCCUGUAAAAUAUAUUUUAAGGCCUGUAAAAUUAAACGCCAGUAUAUUCUCGUUGGUUAUUUACUGCCUUAGUAGCAUUUUAGCUGUUUACUGACUACAAAUAUAUCCCAUUGACACCCUCUAUUCUAUACCCUGAGCCUACUGGAUUCAUUCAUUUCAUUAAGCACUCUCGUUCCUGGUUUAUCUUGAAUUCAUUAUAGGCUUAUAGCAACUCUAUAUAUUUACUAAUCAAUUGAACAAUAGAGUCAUUGACAGGUAAUAUAUCAGCCAUCUAUGAAAUACUCGUACAUGAUUGGCCGACUGGAUACAAC